UUUAUCAUUGUUACCAAUGCAACUGAAUUUGUCAAGUUGCUGUCAAAUACUAGUCUCUUAAAAAAAAAUAUAUUAAAUUUAAUAUUUGUAAAUUUAAGUUUAAUUUGAUUUGUAACGAUAUAUGUAUUUAAUUUAAAAAUGAAUUAUAACUCAAUAUGCAAUAAAUUAUAAAACGACUAAUUUAAAGUUGAAUGAAAUUUUUGUUGAAACUAUCAUUGUAAAGUAGAGUAAACAGUUUUACAUAGAGUGAUAAAAAUGACAUCAAUGUUUGAUCAGUAUGAGCAAGCAUCUCAAAGAUCAAAACAAGUAUAUACACCACCAAUUCGUCCAGAUAUUAGUACUGCUGGAUUUAUCCAAAUGAAAUUUCUAGAUGAUGGCCCAAUUUUUAUUAAACAGAAAGUUAAUUUUUUACCACCGGAUAAAAUUUUACAUCUUGUUGUUAACAAUAAUAUCAUUGUUAUUGCCAUGGCUAAUAAUCUCCUCUUACGUAUUGACAUGAAACAUCCAGAUUCACCUGAAGAGAUUGAUAUAUCUAAAUAUGCAAUGAAUAUGGAAAUGUCAAGAAUGUUUCUUGAUCCUUUAGGUAAUCACUUGUUGAUAUCUCUAGUUCCAAAAUCUCAAGAUCCUCCUAAUUCUCCCCCUGAAUUAUUUUAUUUACACAGAAAAACAACAAAAUUAAAACAGGCAGGUAAAUUCAAGGGACAUGAGAUCACUGCCAUUGGAUGGAACUUUUCAAAUUCUUCCGAAACUACUACAGGUCCAAUUCUCUUAGGAACUUCAAAAGGUCUCAUUUUUGAAACAGAAAUUGGUUUAGAUGGUGAUAAAAUAUUUAAUACAAGCCUGGAACAAUACUGGCGUCAGCUUCCUAACUAUUUACCUCUUUAUGGUGCUAAAGAGGUAGAAGGAUUGGUAUUUGAUAUAGGGAAGGAUAGUAAACCACCAAUUACUGGUUUAGAGUUUCAUAAAAUACCAAAUACUGACAAAUAUGUGAUUAUUGUUACUACUCUUAUGCGAAUUUAUCAAUAUAUUGGAGCAGUACAAAAUCCAGAAGAAAAACCUUUAUUACAACAAAUUUUUAACAAAUAUUUGAAUGUACAAGAGAGCUUCAAUGAAGUAAUAAAUAAUUUGCCUUAUUCUAAAAUUCAAUUUUAUUAUCCUUCACUUGGUAUUUUACCAAAAUCGUUUGGUUGGUUAACUGAACCUGGUAUAUUUUAUGCUCAGAUUGAUCCAAAAAUAGAUCCAAAAAGUGUGUUAACAAAUCAACAAAUGUUAAUUUGUCCUGAGGCAAGUCUAAUGGGGAUCAAUACGUCACAAACAAGUACUCCACCCUUAUCUUUUGUUUUAACAGAAUUUCAUGCCUUAUUACUUUAUACAGACCGUGUAAAAGGCAUGUCGCUUUUAAAUCAGGAUUUGAUAUUCGAAGACAUUUAUAAUGAUGCAGUGGGAGGAUUACUUAAUAUUACUAAAGAUUAUGCAACACGUUCCAUAUGGGCUUAUAGCGAAAAAGCAGUAUUUAAAUAUAAAGUUAAUAAAGAAGAUAGAAAUGUUUGGCAGAUCUACGUUGAUAAAGGUGAAUUUGAACUUGCAAAACAAUAUUGUAAAGAUAAUCCAGCACAUAUAGAUCAAGUGCUCGUAAAGCAAGCAGAAAUGCUUUUUAAGAAUAAGGAAUAUGAAAAAAGUGCUCUUAUAUAUGCAGAUACUCAUUCGUCAUUUGAAGUAAUUUCCUUAAAAUUUCUACAGGAAUGGCAAAUAGAUGCUUUAAAGACAUUUCUUAAAAAGAAACUUGAAGGGUUAAAAACACAAGAUAAAACGCAAAUAACCAUGAUUGUUGUAUGGGUAAUUGAACUAUUUAUGAAUCAAAUGGGUGUAUUACGGAGUAACAAUACAUCAUAUUUACAUGAUCCACAAUAUCUAGAAUUACAAAAACAAUUUGAUAGCUUUCUUGCAAUACCAAAAGUUGAGGAAUGUAUUAAAAGAAAUCGUAGCACUAUAUAUGAUUUAAUGGCAAGUCAUGGUGAUAAAGACAAUCUUAUUCGUUUAACUAUAAUGCAUUGCAACUAUGAAGAAGUGAUACGUCAGCAUUUAUAUAAAAAUAAUUAUUUAGAUGCUCUUGAAGUUUUGAAAAGCCAAAAUAAUAAAGAGUUAUUUUAUCAGUUUGCUGGGAUUCUUUUACAAGAAUUACCACGCCCUACAAUGACUGCUCUAAUAUCACAAGGAUCUUUAUUAAAGCCAUCUAAGCUUCUACCAGCUUUAGUAUCUUGUAAUAGUGAUGAAAAACAUGCAAAAGAAGUAAUAAGAUACUUAGAGUUUUGCGUUUAUAAACAAAGUUGUCAAGAACAGGCAAUUCAUAAUUUUCUAUUAUCUUUAUAUGCUCGUUAUAAACGAGACGAAGUAAUGCGUUAUAUUAGCUCUCAAGGUCAAGAUAUAAAUAUGGUACAUUAUGAUGUGCAUUAUGCAUUACGAUUGUGCCAAGAGGUUGGUUUAACAGAAGCUUGUGUACAGCUGUCUGCUUUACUUGGGUUGUGGACAACAGCAGUUGAUUUAGCUUUAACAAUUAAUGUUGAUCUUGCUAAACAAAUAGCUGCUAUGCCCUCUGAUCAUGAUGAUGAAUUAAGGAAAAAGUUAUGGUUGAAAAUUGCUGAACAUGUAGUUCGAGAAAAAGAUGACAUACAACAAGCAAUGGAAUUUUUGCAGCAUUGCGAUAUAGUCAGAAUAGAAGAUAUAUUACCUUUCUUUUCAGAUUUUGUUACUAUAGAUCAUUUCAAGGAUGCUAUUUGCAAUUCAUUGCAGGAAUAUAAUCAACAUAUUCAAGAUUUAAAGGAAGAAAUGCAAGAAGCAACAAAAGCAGCAGAACUUAUUAGGAAAGAUAUACAAGAGUUUAGAACGAGGUGCACAUUUAUAAAUACUAAAGAUACAUGUAAUACUUGUGGUGUUCAAUUACUACUACGACCUUUUUACGUAUUUCCAUGUGGACACAGAUUUCAUAGUGAUUGCCUUGUAGCUGCAUUAACACCUAUGUUGUCAAUGGAUCAGAGAACGAAGCUAGCUGAUCUUCAAAGACAACUCACUGCUCUUUCAAAUAAACCUGAAGAUACUAGAUCAGUCAGAUCUGUAUCUUUAUCUACAAAAGACCAAAUCAAGGCUGACAUUGAUGACUUAAUAGCAUCUGAAUGUUUAUAUUGUGGAGAACUAAUGAUAGAGUCUAUAGAUAAACCAUUUAUUGAAGAAGAGGACUAUGAGAGAGUGAUGAAAGAAUGGAUAUGAGUUAUAUGAAAUAUUGCUGAUUUUGAAAAUAUUUUUAAAUGCAUACAUAUGUUAUAUAUUACAUUUAUAUAUCAAGAUGAUCAUUUGUGAUAAAUAGAUUAUGUAUUAUACUUUA